CAAAAUUCAUAAAAAUAUAAUACUUCGAAUAAUAUUAGUAUUUUUAUUAAAAUCUUAGAAUGUUGGGUCGGCCAUUAUUUCGACGUAUGAUCGAAAUUGGACGAGUUGUUUUGUUUAUAGAAGGAGAAUAUAAGGGAAAUCUAGCAGUUAUAGUUGAAGUUUUAAAUUGUCGUCGGGUUAUUGUUGAUGGACCUAAAACAAAUGUACCUCGUCAUGUUGCAUCUCUUAAUGAUAUAAUUUUUACAUCUAUUGUUGUUCAUUAUUUAUCUCCUGGUGUUCGUACGGGUAUCGUUGCAAAACAAUGGGAUUCACAAGAUAUAACGGCUAAGUGGAAUGUUACAAGAUUAAGUAAAAAAUUAGCAGCACGACGUCGACGAUCUGAAUUGAAUGAUUUUGAGCGAUUUCAAGUAAUGCUUUUAAAGAAACAACGACGUCGUGAAAUUACAAGAGUACUUGUUUCAAAUUAG